ACGUGAUGCUGAUGCUACAGUUACAGACACGGCCCCUGCUGGCGCAGCCUCUCUGAUUUUCUCUCCCUCUCCGCGUCCAGCGCUGGGCUUUUUCAGACAAGUGCAUCUCCUAACCAGGUCACAUUUCAGCCGCGACCCACUAUCCGUCUGUCACCGGAGUCAGACCGCAGGAGGAGGGCGGAAGAAGACGACGGCGUUUGCUUCUCCGACCGCGGGGUGGGAGGAAGGACAUUAAAAUACUGCAGAAGUCAAGACCCCCCCCCCCCCCCCCCGAGGUCGGACCCUGACCACGAUGCGCGCCCCGGGCUGCGGGCGGCUGGUGCUGCCGCUGCUGCUCCUCGCCGCGGCCGCCCUGGCGGAAGGCGACGCCAAAGGGCUCAAGGAGGGCGAGACCCCCGGCAAUUUCAUGGAGGACGAGCAAUGGCUGUCGUCCAUCUCGCAGUACAGCGGCAAGAUCAAGCACUGGAACCGCUUCCGAGACGAGGUAGAGGAUGACUACAUCAAGAGCUGGGAGGACAAUCAGCAAGGAGAUGAAGCCCUAGACACCACCAAGGACCCCUGCCAGAAGGUCAAGUGCAGCCGUCACAAGGUGUGCAUUGCCCAGGGCUACCAGCGGGCCAUGUGCAUCAGCCGCAAGAAGCUGGAGCACAGGAUCAAGCAACCUGCCCUGAAGCUCCCUGGAAACAAAGACACCAUCUGUAAGCCCUGUCACAUGGCCCCGCUCGCCUCCGUCUGCGGCUCUGACGGCCACACUUACAGCUCAGUGUGUAAGCUGGAGCAGCAGGCCUGCCUGAGCAGCAAGCAGCUGACCGUGAGAUGCGAGGGCCCCUGCCCCUGCCCCACAGAGCAGACCUCCCCGUCCACCACCGAUGGCAAGCCAGAGACCUGCACAGGUCAAGACCUGGCUGACCUGGGGGACCGGCUGCGGGACUGGUUCCAGCUCCUUCAUGAGAACGCCAAGCAAAAUGGCUCUGCCAGCAGCGGGGCCAGCCUGGCCGGGCUGGACAAGAGCCUGGGAGCCAGCUGCAAGGAUUCCAUUGGCUGGAUGUUCUCCAAGCUGGACACCAGUGCAGACCUCUUCCUGGACCAGACAGAGCUGGCGGCCAUCAACCUGGACAAGUACGAGGUCUGCAUCCGUCCCUUCUUCAAUUCCUGCGACACCUACAAGGACGGCCGUGUCUCCACCGCUGAGUGGUGCUUCUGCUUCUGGAGGGAGAAGCCUCCCUGCCUAGAGGAGCUGGAGCGCAUCCAGAUCCAGGAAGCUUCCAGGAAGAAGCCAGGAGUCUUCAUCCCGAGCUGUGAUGAGGACGGCUACUACGAGAAGACGCAGUGUGACCAGAGCAGUGGUGAAUGCUGGUGUGCGGACCAGCUGGGCCAGGAGCUGCCAGGCACGCGCGUCCACGGCACCCCCGCCUGCGACGAGAUCCUGAGCUUCUCAGGGGACUUUGGGAGUGGUGUCGGCUGGGAGGACGAGGAGGAGAAGGAGACAGAGGAAGCAGGCGAGGAGGCCGAGGAGGAGGAGGGCGAGGCGGGCGAGGCGGAUGAUGGAGGCUACAUCUGGUAGAGCCGUGGCAGGCCAGGGUGCCGACGGCCGGGGGAGACGGGCCAGCAGAGACCUGGACAGAAGCGGGCGGCUUAUGAAUGGAUCCGGAAAAUACAGCUGGAAGGACCCUGGCUCCAACGGGGAGGACUGGGUGUGUGAGUGUGCAUGGCACGCGUGUGGCACGUAUGGCCAGGACGUGUGAAUGUGUGUGUGUGUGCGUGUAGCAUGCGCUGACAAACGUGUCCUUGGUCCACGCUGCUCCAAAGACCUCCUUGUAGCUGUUUUCUUUCCAUUUACUGUUGGUUUUAAAUACACAUCCACACACGUAUACCACAAGGUCAAAAUCGAUGAAAUGAGAUGCUCCCUGCCGCGUCCCAAGCCCCAUUCGGGCCCGUCCUGACACCCUUGGGUUGCCCUACCUGGGGUUCCUUGUCUUGAUUGCUAAUCUUGGCUCAACCAGCCCUGCCUUCUCCUACCCUUGCCUGCCCUCUCCCUCCCUGCUUUUUAGGGGUCCCCAUUGCAGAGGGGAGGGAGGGCGGGGAGCUGUCUGCUGUCUGAAGUCCUCCUAAGGCUGGGCCAGUUUGGCUGUGACACUCCCGCCACCCUCAGAUGACGUGGGCUGGGCCACCUACUACAGUGAGCCCUUUCUCUUCACCGGGUUCCCUGGCCCUGCAGAAACUCUCCUCUCCUAACCCAAGCCUGAGUGACCGAGGGUGGCUGAGGCAGAGAGGCAGGGGCAGGGGGUGGCCUUGCCAAGCUGCUGGGCGGGGAGCAGAGUGAGGAGGAAGGAAAAGGGGCCCAGGGUGAGUCUGCCUUUGCAGAUCUGGCGGGAGCUCUGAAAAGCGGAGGCAGGGUAGCCCUGAGAGCCAAACCCUGGAGCAGCUGGGCCCCUCUCCGUGGGCCUCAGGUGGGGGCCUGGUCUGGGCUGCUCCCUUGGAGGCAGUGGGCAGUGGUUACACAGGUGGGUUCCGCCUGGCCUUGUGCCCCCGGUCCGCUCCGGGAGCCUGAGGAUCAGGGAGCAGGUGAAUAGGCCGGGUCUUGGCCAGGUGUGCACCCACCUCCUCGCUGCCCCCUUAAUAGAUGCUCCUCUCCCAUCCAGGCCAGUGGAAAGGUCGUUCCUGAGACCUGGGGAAGGAGAAGCAGAGAAAAGUUCCACUUGCCAUGACUUUUCUCCAUCUCUCCUUAAGACAGAGGCGCCAGGCCCAUUUCCAUCCCCUCUCCUCCCAACACCAGGGGUUACCCUCUGACCAUUCUGAGGGUCCCCUGAGGCCGCUCUAGUGGAGGGGCUUCUCCAAGCUCUGAAGUGUUCAGAGGUUGUGAAGUCGGAGGGGAUAGGACUAGGGCAACCAGAAUCUGAAGCCAUGCCUCCCUGUCCCCCCAAAUCUCCGUAUCAGGUGGGAGCCCGGAUGGAUGAAACCAUGCCCCAUGGCAUGACGCAACCGUGUUUUGUUCUAAUCUGUCCCGUUCUCCCUGUUGAAGCAAAUUCCUUAACACCUUCGUUGAAGAGUUUCCAACCUGGAUCUGGGCCUCUCAUGCCCUUCUGUGCGCAGUGAGCACAGUGUGUGUGUGUGUGUGUGUGUGUGUGUGUGUGUACGAGAGUCUAGGGGCCGUCCCUGGGGGCCUGGGAUGUGAGGAAGGGUGCCUGUGUGCUGGGCGGGCAGCAGGUGUGGUGUCCCCCCGGCAUGGCUCCCUGGGCAAGGCUCCAGCCUGUGCCUGCCAGCUCUGCAGCAUCUGCUGUGUCUGUCGGACCUCAUGGAAGAACCUCACCUAGUCUGCCCCUUUUACUGCACCCCGGAAUCGACAUCUUCCAAGUUUUCUCUUGGGGAAAAUAGUGAAACUGCAGUUAGCCCCAUGAACCCCGCUUCUCAUUCCACAGCACAGCAGCACGAUUCUGGUCGUGAAGGUGUCACGCUGUUCCAGAGCCAGCCCCCACCCCCGCCCCCGCCCCGCAUCCCCAUCCCGUCUCCCUAGCCCCCUCCCUGUCCUCCCACCUUCUCCCUCUGGCCCCGGCUCAGUUCAGGGAACUGCCCUCUGCCCUCUGAGCAGGCCACCCCUCUCUCACUCGGAGCUACUUGAAGCUUCCCAGAGCUCUCGCUAGGUAUGGAGUCUGUCUGUCUCUUCCCUCUGCCCCAGCUGAGGCUUCCAGAACUGUUGCUGGGAGUGGCUGUUGAGGAGGCUGGGGCGUUCCCGGGUGGGGACGGGUGGGGAGGAAGGGGCACCCCUGUCUCACUGUUGCCCUCCCCUCCUCGGGGCACGUGCUCUCUCUGUCUCUGGGUCUUCUGACUGUGCACGUUUCUUAUGACCUUGUAAAUAUGUUGUAGAAAGAAAGCAAAAGGCGCUGAACUAGACCCUGGUGGGACUCAGGGGUCCCACCUUGCCCUGUCUCUGAAGCCCCCACACUGCUUUUCACCCCACUCUCUGAGACUGAGGCCCCCCAAAGCUAGACGAAGCAGCUUGUUCCCAGUGGGUCGACAGCCUCCAAGUGACUUAUCACACAAGCUGUAGGUCUUCUCGCGAACAAGGUUGCAAGGUGGCCCUUCCUUGGCUCCUCGGAUUCAUGCCCUUGACCGAGCUACCUGCUACCGGCCCCUCCCAUGUCCUUCUACUGGGAUAUCCUCUCUCCCCUGGGUUAGGCGGGCAGUGGCGUUAGGGCUCUGUUGAAAAGAGCUCAGCCAAAAUUUAAGAGCAGUUUCUUGUCUGGCCCUGGAGCUGCCCUUGGCCACCCCAGGCGUCCUCACCCGUGGGCGCUGGGAGAGAUAGGAACGCCUAAGAUGGGGGGAGUUGGAGUUGGAGAGAACAAAUGUGCCUUGAGAGACCACUCAGAGGGUUCAGGGUGAUGGGGAAGGAGGCAUGGCGUCUGAGCUCAGGAAGGAGGAAGAGGAAGGUGAAGUUGAUGAGGGCACCAUGGGGCAUCAUGACUGCCCCCGAUUGUCCUGCUGGUGCUGUGACCAACAUGUGGUCAGUGGUCACACUUCCUUCCCCACGCUGUCCCCCUGGUGUCAGUGGCCACCCCCGCACCUUUCAUGAGCUCUGUCUGCUUCCAGCUUCACCUCUGAGUGGGUGGAGUCCAUGGGACCCGCGCCGGAAUCUUCCAUUUCACCAAAGCCUCACCUCAGCCCUUGGGGAAGACGAAUGGCUAAUGUACUGGCACCCAGCACCAUUGUGAGGCUGUGGGCUGGCGGGGGGGGGUGGGGCACAGGGAAGAGACACUGGGGGCACAAAAAGAGACGGGAGACAUCCCGAGGAAGUCCCAAGCAGAGCAAACUGCUUUAUAGCCUGAAGCCUACUUAAAUUGUGUUAUGUGCAAUAACUGAGCUUAGAGUUAAGAAUUGUGUUCAAGUGCUUGGAUUUCCGUCUGUAUAUUUAAGUGCUGAAAUCGUAUCUUUCAGUAAUUUUAGAUGUCUUAAAAAAAUCGAAAAACAAAGUGUUAGACCGUGUGUGUGCAUUGAUGGGCACUCAAGCGUCCCGUGAGUCACCCCACCCUCUCCCUUUCCCCUGUGUCCCCAGCCCCUCACCCCCAGCACCCCCUCCACUUGGGGACCCCGCCUCGUGUUGUCUCUAUCUGCCUAUUACUCAGCCUAAGGAAACAAGUACACCCCACACAUGCAUAAAGGAAAUCAAAUGUUAUUUUUAAGAAAACAGAAAAUAAAAACUUUAUAAACACCA